AAACGCUGUUAACUAUUAACGCCACCUUGCCAGGCAGGUCGGUGUGCGGCUGCUGAGCAGAACCGGUUCGCUCUGCUCCUCUGCCGCUUGCAGUCUGCUGAAUGCGAGCAUACCGCUCCCUCUCAGUUGACUGACAUGUUGCCGGUGCUGGUGGUGCACGGGGGGGCGGGUCACAUCCCACCGGAGCGAGCCAAGGUGUCCAUUGCGGGGGUUCGCUCAGCAACCCGGGCCGGAUAUGCCGUCCUGCGGCGGGGCGGCAGCGCCAUGGACGGCGUGGUGGAAGCUGUGACGCAGCUGGAGAAUAACCCGUACUACAACGCAGGCUGUGGAUCGGUGCUGAACGUCAAAGGAGAGGUGGAGAUGGACGCCAUAGUGAUGGACGGCAAAACGCUGGCGAGCGGCGCCGUGUCGGCCGUUCGCAACGUAGCCAACCCUGUUCAGCUGGCGCGGCUGGUCAUGGAGAAGACCAGUCAUUUGUGUCUGACGGCGGAGGGAGCCAAUCAGUUCGCCCGGGACAUGGGCGUGGCCGAGGUGCCCGCGGAGUCGCUCAUCACCGACUACGCCCGCAUGCGCUGGAGAAAGAACCUGCAGCCCGACGCCAACCCUGUGGAGUGCCAAAUGGGGAAGAUGGGCACAGUCGGAGCCGUGGCAGUGGACAUGGAGGGCAACAUCGCCUGUGCGACCUCCACCGGCGGGAUGCUGAACAAGAUGGAGGGACGGGUGGGCGACACGGCCUGCAUAGGGUGUGGGGGUUAUGCUGACAACAAGGUGGGAGCCGUGUCACCUACAGGCCACGGAGAAGCCAUCAUGAAGGUCGUUCUGUCCAGACUCAUCCUGUUCCACAUGGAGCAAGGUCAGUCAGCGGAGGCGGCCAGUGACUCGGGCCUGGCCUACAUGAAGUCCCGGGUGGGGGGUCUGGGCGGGGUGGUGACGGUGGACCCACAGGGCCGCUGGGCCGCCCGCUUCUCCAGCCGGCAGAUGUCGUGGGCGGCGGCACAGAAGGACACGCUGCACUACGGCGUGGCGGCCGGCGAACACUUCACCCAGAGCAUCGACGAGCCGAACUGACAGCAGACAGGAGGCUCUGCACGGCUCACACACACUCUGCUUUGAAAGAUCUUCAGCCAGAGGACCGGCAUUACCGAGAAAACAACCUUAACUAAACCAAACGGCAGCAGCAAAGGACGACUUUCACUGUCAGGAGGGAGGGAGGAGUCUCAGGUCGACGAGUGGAAGAGUUGUUUUCUAAUCUAAUUUUCACUGGCAAUGCAAUUCUCAUGCCUUCAAGGAUCUAAUCGACUUAAUAUUAAUUAAUUAAUUAAUUAUGAAACAUAUUUCCACAUCCUCAUACUUUUUAUGUCUCACUCCAUCUCUCUCUCUCUCUUAUUUUUAUUUUAACUCAACUAAGUUUUAUAAAGGGUCUCAACUAGUUUGUUAUUGACAGGCGAAUAAGUUUCUCUGUCUCUCUCACUAACUCACACACACAUACACACACACACACCGACAAACUUUCACUGCACUGCAAAACAUUUAUAUCUUUGAUUAUUUCAUUUAUGUUAUAAUUAUAUUAUAAUAUUGGUAGUGUCUCUCUCUCUCUCUCUCUCUCUCUCUCUCUACAUAAUGUUAUUUUUUAUUUUCCCAAAUCUGAAUGACAACAAGCAAAUUCAGAAGUUAGAAAUAUCUGUUUGCAGUUCAUCAUUCGUGCCACAUCGCUGCAGUGAACCUGUCGUUUAUCUUUCUGAUGGAUCGAUUCAUCGUUUAGUCCACAAGGUGUCAGAAUACAGUAUUAAUUUCAUGAUGAUAUUAAUGGAGAAAAGGAGUCUUAGCAUCUUAGUGACUUUUUUUUGUGAAGCUGGACUUAGCAACUUUUUGACAUUUUUACCAGAUAAAUUAUGAAAAUUAUUACUACCUAAUAAUUAAAAACCUAGCCGGGAGUCUCAUCAUUAGUGAGCCAGCUCUCUGGUCACUGAGCUAAUAGCUAGCUAAAUUCUGUUGUGAGUAGCUUUAAUCUGUUAAAUGUGUCAAAAUGUGAACUAACUAACUAAUAUCCUCCCAGUUUUCAGAUUAUUUUGUUUCUUAUCUGGCACAUUAAGAGUGUUGGUAUGAUUUGCUUGGUCUUACAGCACAACUUGACUAUUUCAGUCAACAUCAGUAAUUAUUUUGAUAUAUUUCGAGUAAUUAGUACGUCACAUUUCAAGAUUACUUUUUGCUUCUGUGUGAAAUCUGAAACGUCAGGAACGCUAAUAUUUAGCAUGAUGCUAAUCUCUUUUAACACAGUGUGCACGUCCUGACGUGCAGCCGGAUCUUUUCUCUAUUCCUGCCACGUGAUCUGUGUUUUAAACUGAUCAGUAUUUUACUGCACAUGAAUUUAUAUUUAUAUUGAGCAAAAAUGCAUUGGGAAAAAGUGCAAAUGUCUUAAACCUACUCAGUGUUCCAAACGAAAACAGAAAAAAAGAGUAACAUGAUUAAAUAAUCAUGACAGUUUUACAUAUUUGUUUUUUUUUUUUCUCUUUCACUUAUGUCUUAAUCAUCCUGCAACCCCCAAAACUGAUCUCACCACCCUGUGGAGGGUCUCGACCCCCAGUUUGGGACCCACCGGUCGAGUGCAAUAAAACUGGCUGUAGUUUUUUUUUUUUUUUUUUUACCUCACACUGAAAUUAAAAAGAAACACUGGUUUUGAACUUUUGUGUCAUCAUAGAAAACAUGUUUCCUGUUUUUUAUUCAAUAUAAUUUUGUCUGCCAUCACUGUGAAGUUUGAAUAACUUUGUGAAGAACAGCCAGAGUGGAAGGACUGGAUGAAGUUUGGUUAAAGAAGCACUGAUGACGGUAAUAAACUCCUUUUAUCACUGA